UUUAACGGUCGGAUAAAGCUGAUUUGUCCCCGGCCAAACAUGAGCAGCGUUUAUUGAUGCACGAACGCAAGGGAAAGAAAAACGUUGGGUGGAAAUAUCAAUCCAUCCGGCGAGUCGUUCAGCGACUCCUCCCCCGUUUCUUUGGACGCGCAUACCGACGUUCGUCGGACGCGGCCAAAGCCAAAGCCCAACUUGGCGUCACGGCGAGGCGGAGAGAGAACCAGCGACGAAGAAAGAAAGCCGGGUUCUUGCUUGCUUUUCGUCGAACGGGAAGGAGGAAAAGGGGAAAAAAAGGGAUUGGGAGGAAAAAAAAAAGAAUCGGCAAACCCUAAUCAAAGGCGAGCGUUCUAGCGAUCUAUUCAACUUCUGGUAUUAGAUUUCCAGAUUGCUUGACUCAAUGGUAUGCAAGACUGGGUGUGGAAGAAUGGCUGCCAUGGUGAGGCUUCUCACUGUUCGAAGUUGUCCAGAAAUUACACCAGAAAAAGACAGCUAUGAGAAGAUUGCUGCUCAGACCAUUCAUAAGGAGUUUCAUGAUGCAGAUGAGGCAAAUUUACUUGAAGAAGAAGAUAUGCAUGUCUUUGAUUGUAGACCACUGACAGAUCCCUUGCACCUGGUUUGUUGCAAUGCUUGCAAGAAGCCAGUCAAAGCCAGUCAAUAUGCAGCUCAUGCAGAGCGCUGUAGGUCAUUAAACUCUAUGAAAGACAUUAUUCUGGAGCUUGAUGGUAGUUCUGGUCAUAAGAAGCCUCCAAGGAAGGGGAGAAAAAUAUCACAAGCAACUAAUGGCAAUCAACGAAAAACUGUAGAAGAGCAAGAAAAAUCUGAGUCAAUGGAUGGGAAUGCUCUUGGUGUUUCAGAAUCAAAUUUUGAUAACCAGAGUGGCAUGCUAUCUUCACACUCUGGAGAAUCUCAAAGGACACCAGCAUCAGUUGAUCAUACCACAGCACUUGAUGCUUCUGAAAUUGGCAUUGGAGGCAGGGAAUAUUACAAGAUAUCAAAUGUGGAAACAGAAGUACCUUGUACUACUCUGAAUGGAUAUCAGAAGGCUGGACAAAUCCUUGAAAAUGGUGUAAUUUAUAAGGAGUAUCUUCGGAGUAAUGCUCCCAUUCCACUGGCUACCAAAAUUUAUCACUUGCAAGGGAACAAUCAUCUCCGGUUAGAACUGGGCCAUCUAUACCGCGAGGCAUGUGCAGAACAGCAUGGCAAUGAUUCCUUAAGUCCACAAUCAAUGCAGGACAAGAGUAUGAUGUCUACUCAAGUCUCCUCUUCUAGUAAAUUAUUGUGUGAGGUUCACAGGAAUGACGUUCCUCAAACGAAGAAACAGAGAGAUAUGUACUCCUCGGCUGCUGUUUGGAACCCUGAGCAGGUUCUAGCACAAAGUUCAGAACUAUUAUUGGGAACCUCAGGAGCAUUACCAUCAGCUGUAAGUUCUCCAAAUCAUUUCAGAGAGAACAGAUUUUUGAAACCUGAAGUAGCUGCAGCUUCAAUGGGUGUCAUGAAAACCAGAUAUCAUUCUGCACAAUAUUCAUAUGCUGCAAAAUCAGGUUUGCCCCUGGGAACAAUGCAGAAGACGAAUGGGCGUGUUUCUGUGGUUUAACCAUCCAAGACUUUCUCACAAGGGAAGGGUGAUUUUGUUGUACAUCCCCUGUCAGAAUAGUUGGAUAAAUGGUGGAACACAUUAAAGUUGUUUUCUUUUCUUUUUGCUUUUUUGGGCAUUGCAUUAUGAUAGAUUAAUUUAUUUCAUUAACGAUGUCUAGGAUGCAUGGGCUUAUGGUUGUUGAAUUGCCUAUCUUCCAUCUAAUCAGAUGUGGGUUCUCUCAGUGGAAUGAUUAUGCUGCAGCCCUCACAUAGGUCAAAAUGGUGAUUAGUUGGCCGCUAUCAAGACUGUACCAUCAAGUUGUGAGAAAUGGCUCACAAAUUGAUGGUCCCUUCCUGGUGGAACUGAUUCUUGCCCCUAUGGGACAUUUUUGGUUUUUUAAAUUAUACAAUUGUGCAGAGGAAGAUGGAAUGGUGAUUGAAUCUGGUAUGAUCCAUAGGACGUUGACCUAUGAAUAGUUUUGUUGUGCAUCCCUGUCAACAUAUUUAGUACUUUAUAUGUUU